UCCGCGGUCGAUUGGCGCGAGCGGACGCCGUCCACACAAAUGCUUUUCCAUUUCGUCGGCAUGGCUGUAGUUCGCCGCCCUCCGGCAUCACUGUCUUCAUCGGCCGCCCUCCACCGCCGUCCGCCGCUACCUCGACCUGUCUUCAGCUUUCCGCGAUCCUUUUUCUCCUUUUCUUCCCCACUGGGAAAGACUCGAAUCUGCUGCUCCGCCCAACGGCAGGCGCUCUUUAACCGCAUCGCCCCCAUCUACGACGAUCGAGUGGAAAUGGAAGCUGAACGAUCUGCUCAGCUUGGGGCUGCACCGAUCCUGGAAGAGGAUGUGCAUCUCCUGGAGCGGGGCAAAGAAAGGGGAUCGAGCACUUGAUCUGUGCUGCGGAAGUGGCGAUUUGACGUUCCUUCUCUCCCAGAAGGUGGGACUCCAAGGAGAGGUUUGCGGUCUAGAUUUCUCAAGAGAACAACUAUCCAUUGCUUCCGUUCGUCAAGACUUGUAUUGGAAAGCUUCCUACCAAAACAUUCAGUGGAUUGAAGGUGAUGCACUAAAUCUACCAUUUCCAGAUUGCUACUUUGAUGCAAUUACCAUGGGAUAUGGAUUGCGUAAUUUGGUUGACAGACAAAAAGCUCUCAGGGAGAUUUUUCGGGUUCUAAAGCCAGGUUCAAAGGUCUCCAUCUUAGAUUUCAAUAAGAGCACAUCAAAUCUCGUAAACACGGCACAAGAAUGGAUGCUAGACAAGGUAGUCGUUCCCGUUGCAAGCAACUACGGGCUUUCGCAAGAGUACGAGUACUUGAAAGGAUCAAUUGCUGAAUUUUUAACAGGAAAAGAAUUGGAAAGCCUUGUCGAUGAAAUAGGAUUUUCCAAAGCGAGGCACUACGAAAUUGGUGGAGGUUUCAUGGGGAAUCUAAUGGCAACCAAAUAGCUGGGGCAAAAGAAUUUUGUAUGAACUCGAUUGGAAUGCUUUUAUUGAAAUUGCUGAAACAGUCGCCCAUAAGGCAAGAACUAUCAAACAUGCAGAUAGUCGCGACUGCGUCUCCCAGAAGAACAUGAGCUUCUCUUGCACCACUUUAAAAUUUUGAUCUUAUGAAUGGACUUGGUUGGCACCUGACCAUUUCUACUUCUCAAUUAAAAUAGAAUUCUGUGUA